CAAAAUCUGAAUCCUUGUUAUGAAAUAAUAGACUGGUGAACAGAUGAACUUGACUUGAGUUUUUAUUGUCUAGAUUCUAUAUAGAUCUAUUCUAAAUCUAGAUCUAUAGAUCUAGCUAAAUUCUAGAUUUGAUUAUUAUAAUAUAGACUAGAUAUAGAUAAGUUAAUCUAAGAUGUUAAAUAAACAAGUACUAUUUAUUAUAACACGUCAAAUUGGUGCAACAUCGAACAAAUUCAGGAUUCCUUCAUGUGGGUUUUCUGAUCAGACUAAAUCUGGUUGUGGUCCUAAAAAGGGUAAAACACCAGCAGGUAAAUUGGAUGAGCCAAUAGAACUACCAUCAGAAGAACGACAACCAUUGGGUGAAAAAGAACCAUUGCAAGGUUUCCCAAACAACAUAAACCCUAUAACAGGCGAGAUCAAUGGACCUAAAGGACCUGAACCUACUCGAUAUGGUGAUUGGGAAAGAAAAGGUCGUGUAACAGACUUUUGAGUGUGUAGAUAUUCAAGUGUAAAUGUGACUGCUGAUAUGAUGAUAUAAGUUGUUUACAAGGAAUGAAUAUUUCAGUGUAUUUAAAAAUGUGUGUAUGAUGCUUCAAUCAUAUAUAUAUAUGGUUUAUAUAUAUAUAUAUAUAUGCAAAUGUUGAUAUAAGAUUAAAAAUGUCUUCUUUUUUUUUUUACACAUGAAAUUAACUUUCAAGUAAUUGUAUACAAAUAAAAAAAAAUCAUUAACUAAAAUGUGUAAAUUAAAUUUUACUUAAUACCGGUAAAUAAUUCUAAGUAAUAAAUAAUUUUGACCUCAAAGAUAAUUAUCAUUGAAAAUAAAUCAAUAACUAAAAUUGCAUAACAGUUCAAAAAAUUGUAUUUGUAAGUCACAUUGAAAUUAAUGACAGAGGCUUUAACAAUUUUCUUUUCUUAACAAUGAUAAAAACUGAACAAUACAGCCUAAAACAGUUGUUUCAAAUUUAAGUUUUAGUUACAUCAAGAUGAGUCAUUCUCUGUAGAGAAAAGAAACAAACACAAUGUUUCUUAUAGUACAGAAUGAAAAAUUAGUUUCAUCCUACAAGUAUAAAAACAAACCAUUUAGAAUCAAAUACAAUUGUUUCCACUAAAAUAUGUCAUGAAACUGAAUGUAGCAUGUAAAAAUUACCAACAGCAGACUUGGGCUACAUGUAGCUAUAAAAGUCACUACCGGUAAUGGUUUUUAUUUACAUGAAAUAAUGUUAAAAUAAACAAAGCACUGUAACAGAAAAAUGAGAACAAAGCCAUUUAAUGAACAUUUGAUUUAGUUGAGAAUGAAACAGCUUAAGAUCUCAAAGCACAAAACUGUUGGAAUACUUCCAGAAUGUGAAUAUCUAUGUCACUUGUGAAUAAGAGCUGUUCCAAUGUGUUGAUGUAACGAAAGACAAGUUCAUGGUGCUGAAAAUAGAGCAAAAAUUUUAUGACAAGAUUAUAUAGACUCUUAUCUGUGGUCAUAUUUUGCUCCUUUUUUUAUAAAAUACAUUUUUAUGGUCAAUAUAUUUUGGUCACAUUCAAUAAAAAAUAUAUGCUUUGGUAGUGUGGGCUGUGAUAGUUAGUCCAUUGUGAUACAAUAAUUGUGUUAAGUUCAGAUAGAAUGAUAUAUUCCCAACAUUUUUUCAUGAUACCAUAAAAAGGAAAAAAAUAAAACCACUAACCAUCAGAAAAA